AUGACCCAUCCAGCUCCACUUAAGGCCUUCCAUGGCUUUCCUGACAUCAAGUCCCCAAAUCCACAUUCCUUUAAAUCAAAACGUGUUCAGGUCUAUGACAGCAAGUCUUGUGAACACCCGGACACAGUGGACCCUAGUUUCCUCACUGUGUUCAGGAAAGGAAGCUCAGGAGAGAAAAUGCAGAGAGAAGACAACCAAGUCCAAAGCAUGAGAAAUGACCAAGAACCCAAUAGGCUAAGGAGGCUGAGGCAGGAAGGCCAAACUUCCUCAGGUCCAUGUGAUAGCCCGUGGAUUGAGUCUGAAAUCAAGAUCAUGCUGGAAGAGUGGGCAAGGGUUGAAUAUGAACUGGGAGACACAGGCAAUAUGAUGGAUGAGAAGGCCGAGUCCAUUAGCAGACGCCUCUCUAAUCGGGGUCUGAGGAAGAGCAAGAAUAGCUGCCUUGAUGUGAUGGUGAAGAUGAAGCACCUGCACACACAACUUUUUAAUGAGAGGCCCGGGCUGGCCCCUUUUUUUCCGCCUUAUCAUUUGAUCCUAUAUGACAUCUUGGGCCAACCUACAUUCCAGGGUGGCUAUGUUCCAGGUGAUCUGUUUGAUUGUUCUGGUUACCACAUGUAUUCCUGGAGCACUCAACCUCCAAUGGUGAUGCCAUCUCCAGUAUACCAGCCUUGGGAUUAUGGCAUGUCUGCAUCUUCUGGACAGUUUCCUGGGAACCCAUCACCGAUGAUGUCCAGUCAGGAACCCCUGGUUCCCAGAUCGUUCGCCUGGAAUGCCACCUAUCCAUUGCCAGUUCAACAUGUACUUCCUGCCUCUAUCCCUGGAGACACCAACCUUCAGCUGCCAAGGUCACCUCCUGAUGACAGCUCAAGUCCUCAGUGA